AUGCCUGAUAGUUACGAGCCCUUGGCGGCCGCAUCACAUCGUGAAGAUGGCCAAAGCGCUGGAGGUGGUGGUGGUUGUGAAGCUUGCGAAGCUCGGCCCCACGGCCUCGAGCCCCAGUUGACCGAGUUGUCCGAAGAGCUGCGGGCGGCGUUCCUGCAAAUGGGGCAAGUGCUGUGGGGUUCCAGCUUGCUCAUGCUAGGCGUGGCAUGGUUUACGAGCACGUGCAGUGCCGGCCUUCCGGUCGCUUGGUAUGCGAUUCCCGUUGCCGUCGUUGGUUUUGUCCUCGUGAAGGAGCGGUCCGUGAUCCAGCGCGUCCGUGACAAGAGCACAGGCAACCGCUACGUGAUGGAGGCUCUCAAAACAGUCGAUUCUCUGGUAUACUUGCAGCACCCCCUCGUGCUGAAGGCCUUCAGCGCGACGUUGAUGUUAGACAUCUUCACCGACGCGGUGCAGAUUGCACAAGCUAAGGACUGCGACGCCCUCAUCGCAGGGCAGUACGCGGAGUCUUGGAAGGACGUGCCGGCUUUGGGCGCGGCCGCCCAGCACGUGCAUUUAUGGUAUCUGUUUGCCGCCGUGCUCAUCAUGGUUUACUUGUUGCAAGGUGCUUUCGGCUUUUGCGUGGCCCUCGACGGUCAGCGGGGUGCGAGCUCCCUGGCAUACGAGCACUUGGCGAUCGCAGCGGAGUGGGCUGGUGCGCUAACAUCAACCCGGCUGAUGUUGGAGAUCGCCGAGGCGCUGGCCCCUUCCCAGGACGGAAUUCCAACGCCACGCGAGAGGCGCGUCGUCUUCUCUGCCGCCCGCAACGUUCUCUUCGAAAACGCCCCAGCAAUGUUCCUGACUGUCGCCUUUGUAGCGUCCCAGGCUGACAACCUGACCCCAUUCGGCACCGCGAAGUGCUUGUUCUCCUUCGCUUUGAGCGCCGGCGGGGCCCUCGGCAAGGCCAAGGACUCUUUCAGCUGCUUCGGCUUCGGACUCGGGACCUAUGUGGGGGUCGCGAUCGUCAUUUGCGUGCUCGGGGCCGUCGGCAAGCUGGUGGCAGUCUUCCUCUGCGACUCCCACUUCGUCUCUUACGUUACUUUCCAGUGCGUGAAGAAGGUGGGCGUCGACCAGUGA